CUGACUGAAUCGCUAAAAGACUCAGCCAUGAACUCAUUCACAGACCGCCAAAUAUCACGAAUCACCUUUAAAGAAUCAUAGGCGUCACCAGUCGGUGCGAGUUGUUUGCAUUGGAAAGUCGCUGUUAGUGGUAGGGAAUCGGACAUUCAGUAUUGCACCGUAAACUCCGGUCAUACUUUCAUGGACCAAUGAUAUCAGUCGUUGUCUCCGAAAAAGGAAAAGCGGGUGGGUCCUGACACGGAGAAAGGGCGUUGUUAAAAUCUCCGGUCAUCGUCCACUGUGACCCUCACUCGCUCUUCCAUGUUUCUGAUUGACAUUCCAGUCUGUCAUCAUUUUUUUCAAUCGAUUAUCCCCUAUCUGAAAGCCAUGUAACACAUCUUUUGAGUCUCUUACUCACAAAUUUACGACAAUGGAGCAAGUUGGGCGAGAAACAACUCCAACGGCAACGACGCACGGAGUUGGCGGUGGAGGAGGACGGAGUGGUUCAUUAGCAUCGGAGAGCGCGCCGUCCAACACGAAUGCGAACUCGCAUCCGACAAACGCCAAAUGGGGAAAUGCCUGUGCCCAGUGUGCGGCCGCGAAAGCAAAGUGUUCACGACAAUCUGAUGCUCCUGGGACAAAGUGCGGUAGGUGUGAACGUUUGGGUAAAGAUUGCACAAACCAGGUGCACCGCCCGAGGAAGAAGAGAGCUGUUCGACCAUCAAAGACUGCUCAGCUGGAACAACGGCUCAAUGGACUUGUCGACCUCCUCAAGGCAUCUGGGGAUUUGCGAGGCAUCCCCAUCGCAGAUAGUGUGGCCUCUCAAGAGGUCAUGUCCGCCUAUGAUAGUGUCUCAUGCAUAGCCCGAGAUCACGACCUGCAGAUUGCCGUUGGUGCUCCUCAAGCAUCCGGCUCCGGGAAGAGGCGAGCAAGUCUCACUCCCUUGGAAGAUGAUCGUCAUGGCACCAGCGAGGGUGGCUAUUCCGACGAUGAAAGUCAUAGUGACAGCUCAGAACUUCUGGGUGACGGGCCCAUCCAUGUGCCAAAACACUACAACUCUUACGCACCAUCCGGGUGUAUGUGCAGAGCACGCGGCGAGAUUCGAGGUCCGUCAGAGUCAGAUGAGACCAUCCUCACCAUCUACCAGACUCAUCUCAGCCCGCUCUUUCCAUUCGUCAUCAUCCCUGUUGGUACAACCGUCCAAGAGCUUGAGCAGUCUCGUCCAUUUCUCUUCUCGGCCAUUCGGAUGGUGACCACGCUUACGAGCAUGCGGUCGAUGAGAGCUCAGAUGUAUCGGCUAGUCCGACAUGUCUCAGAACGCAUGCUCUUGCGGUCAGAGAGGUCACUGGAUCUGCUACAAGGCAUUCUCGUCAUGAUCGGCUGGUAUCAGUACCAUUGUCUGAUGCAUGCCCAGUUGAACAACCUCAUACACCUGGCCGCAAGUCUUGUUUCCGACCUGGGGCUGAACCGGGAUCCGAAGGUGCAAGAGAGGAUAAGCGUCAUGGUACUGUACCCCGACGAUCCCAAGCCACGGACAAAUGAGGAACGAAGAGCUCUUUUGGGCUUGUGGUAUAUGGCUUCAACUAUAUCCGUUGCGUUCGGAAAACUCGAGUCCAUUAGAUACUCGCCAUACAUCCAGCAGUGUCUGAAUGAGCUGCAAGAGUCAAAGGAGUACGAAACAGAUGGGAUACUGGUCCACAUGGUCCAGUUACAGCAUCUGAUGGAGAAGAUCGCCCAAGUCAACUCCAAAACAGAAUCCCCGGAAUCCGUUGGAGGGAUUGCUAGGGCUCCAGUUGCGGCUUACAUGUCGACGUUCCAGAGUGAGCUUGACAAGAUAUGUGGUUCGCUCAAUAAGAGUCAAAAGAACAAUAAAUAUCUCAUGGUGUAUGUACAUUCGGCCAAGAUGCGUCUCUGCGAGCCUCCAGUCAUCGAUGCAUCCUUACUGGCCAGGUUCUACAAAGACCUCACUGCGCUUGACGACAACACUCCGUCGGCUCUUGAUCUCUUUUACCGGGUAAGCAGUGGGGUACGAGAGUGGUUCGACCAUUGGUUUGCUGUACCCGUAUCAACAUACUUUUACCUACCGGUCUCCAUCACUUGUCAGAUCGUUUACGCCGUAUCGAUGCUUGCUCGCUGGUCCAAGAUCGUCUCCCCCAUCAAGCCAUUACCUUCAUCACAAAACAAGAACACCAUAUCCACGACGUCCCAGCCCCAGCAACCCAUCACCACCGCAGCAUCUUACUGUUCGACACCUACCUCAACACCUGCCUUCGUACCUACGCCCUCCCCUCACCACAGCCGAUCAUGCGUGUGCAACUACGGCGCCGGCCCACCGCCGGACUUCUCACAACGACCACCCGCCACAUCCUCAACCAUCAGCACCCCCGCCCCUGCCACUCCCUGUCCCGGCCCCGUCUGCUCCCGCGCCACCUCCACCGAGCCCACGUCCACAACCACCCCUAACACCACCAUCACCACCACCGAUCAACAAACAGCCUCUAAUCUUCCCUCAAAAAACAACAAAAACAACCCCCUCUCCUCCGUCCGCUGGCGCGAAACCACCGACCCCCAACUUCCCCACAUCGUCGCCAUGCUCCAAGAACAGCUCAACUCCCAGCCCGGUCUGAGGAUUGACAUCACCGAGACCAUGGCCCAGCUCGGCGCCCGCUUCCAGCAGGCCGGCGACGACAUGAAGGAGGCGAGCGGCGGCGAGCCGGAUAGCAACAUGUGGGAGGUCAGUGCGAAGGGGUUGGUCAUGACCAAGGCUAAGUUGGAGAGGUUUGCGGAGUUUGUCGCUCAGGGGGGAAAGCUUCUUGAUGAUCAGGGGAAGGAAGAGGGGGAGGGAGUUGGAGUUGGAGGGGGAGGAGGGGGGGAUGAUGUUGCUUGUUUGCCACCGGGGACGCGGACGGGGACGGGGGCUGGGAUGGGAGGUGGUGGAGAUGGGGGGAGCAGGAGGGCAGCGAGCAGUUUUCCUUAUCAAGAAGGAGGAGGAGGAGCAGCGGGAGGUGGUGGAGUAGGAAGUGCAGGUGCAGGAGGAGGGGUUGAAGCUGGGCGUACCUCGGCGUCUUCUGGCUCUGGAUCUGGAGAGAGAUAUGCCCAGCAGUCCGCUUUAACGAGAAGAGGAGGAGGAAGAGGAACAGGAGAUAUUGUAACAAGCAGCCGCGGCCGCGGCAAUACUACUGCUACACAGUCACAGUCACAGUCACAACCGUGGCUGGCCGGUCUAAGCCAAGUACAAGCACAAGGACAAGGACAAAGCAUGGGGGCACCACCAAUACCGCAGCAACAUCAACAACCUUCUUUCCAAGGGUCCUCCUAUGCAGGAGCAACAUCAGGGCACAAUAUGAAUGGUGCGAGUAUCCAUCAUAGCCUGGGCGCUGCUACGGCCGCGGGGGUCCAUGGCGGGGAUGCCGGAUAUCCCUCCGCUAUGGUAGGGGCGACAGGAGGGGGGGUAGGAGGGGCAGGAGGAGGAUGGCAAUGCAACAAUCUACUUGCCACGGAGUUCAUGGAUCAACUGGCUCCUUGGCUUUGGUACUACGGCGUUGGAGACUGGCCGGGGGCAGGACCGGGUGGGGUAUAAGCCGUGUAUUGUAGGUAUGGGUAUGGGUAUAGGUAAUGAAUAGUAUGGGGGUAUGGUUCAAGGGCAGGUAUGUAUAGGAGAAAGAACAACAUCCAGCCUCCCCAUUCCGGAAGGACUUGCGCGGGUAGCAUACACAUACACAUAUACAUACAGCCCAGGGCUUAUUGUGUUUACUGCAUAG